UUCAGCUCUCCAAGGAAAUUUAUCAAAGACAGAAAUAAAGCAAACGAUAGACCAUGCACUUCUAAACUUACAAACACUUUCAACAGACAGCGAACAAACUCCUGAAGACUUAGAUAAUUCAAUAGAUUUGCUGAAUAAAAUUGUUGAUGUUUCCAAUAGGUCCAACGUUACACUUCGAAAGUCGCUGAUUGUGACAACAGUCGACAAUAUACUAGGAGAAAAUCACACUGCUGCUUGGAAUAACACUUCUACAAAGGAGGUUAGUGUAAGAGUCAAUAAAAUCUUCAAGACCGUGGACAAAAUAGGAUUGUAUCUCUUAGAGAAGGUCAACGAGAACGAAAGCAUCACAUUUAACUCAACAAAAAAUAUUGUUUUUACAGUUGCAAAGAUUCCAGCAGAUCAACCCGUUAAUUUCCCAGAAAACAAUACCAUCCUAAUUUCAUCGCUAGUGUUUCCAGUACAAGCUAAUGGUUUUAAUCAAAGUAUUCCCUACCUUGCAGUGAAGUAUACAACACUAGCAAAAAAUUUGAAUGACAACAAAAGAGUGAAAGAGAACAUAACACUUGAGAAAACUUUAAAUGAUAACAAAAGAGUGACAGAAAAUUCAGGAUACGAUAUUUCUUCUGAUAUCAUGUCAUUAACUCUCAAAGACCCUUUAAUUGGAGGAACAUUAGACCAACCAAUACAUUUAAAGUUUUUAAAAGACAUAAAAGGAGUAGAGGCUAACAAUUUCAUUAGCGAAUGUGUAUUUUGGGACUUUCAACUCAAUAACGGAACUGGUGGUUGGUCAACACCAGGGUGUAAAUUACUAUCUACAGAUGAUCUUUAUCAUCACUGUGCAUGCAACCAUGUGACAAAUUUUGCAGUACUGAUGCGACCAUAUUCAAAGAUACAGGACGAAGAAGUAGCAUUGAAUUGGAUUUCCAUAAUUGGUUGCUCGAUAUCAAUCUUCCUUUCUUUGCUGACGGCCAUUAUUUACAUCUUUUUCUGGAAGUCUAUUACGGUCAACGUCAACCAAAUAAUAAAUAAGAUCAUAGUGCUUCUCUGCUUGAGUCUCUCUUUGGCUUACACGCUAUUUCUAAUUGGAGUUGAUAAAGUACAGAAUGAAGUCGGGUGCACUGUCAUAACAGCACUGUUACAUUAUCUUUUCCUAUUUAUUUUCUUUCUGAUGCUGGCCCUUGGGUGUCACUAUUUCAGCAGUAUCUCUCUGGUCAAAUUAUCACUGUCUAAAGCAACAGCACUUCAAAGCCAUGCCAAUGCUUUCGGUAAAGUCACGUGGGUAGUUGUCACGGUUAUACCACUUACCAUAACCGCAGUUACUUUCGGAAUCGUAUAUUCCUCGGGCAAGGACUAUCAUUUACAAACCAGUUGCUGGUUAUCAUUUGAAAGUGGAGCUUUGUAUGGAUUUAUUGGACCCGUAGCUGGAAUUAUUUUGGUCAAUAUUAUAAUUGUAAUCAGUCUCAUUCUGACGCUAUAUUCAACACUUUCCUCAGAAAAAGAACUGAAGAAAAGGACAAUGUAAGCCGGAAUGAAUACAUAU